UUCUGUGCGGUGUUGGGGUUAGGGCGACGAUGCACCUCUGUGCAGGAAAGCACGCAGGCAUGGGGGGGGACAUGGGAACUGGAGUAGGUGCACGUGUGGGUGCUGGGCCAGGAUCUCACCUGGUGGCUCACACUGCCUCCAGGUAGAGAGAGCGGUUGCUUCUGGGUGAGGGGACAAUGACACCUCUCCCUUUUGGUUCCCAGUGAAGAAGAUGAGACAGGAUCCUCGCUGAGCAAAGACGCUGUUGCAUCUGAGAUGGAGCCCAGUGCCUGGAUGCCUCCACUCCUCUCCUGCGUCCACUCCCUGCAGCUUUGGCAUCUCCUCCUCCUGGUUUCAGCCGUCCCUCCUCCUGGAGUCUGGUCUCUUCGCUCUCGGGGCCCAGCGGCCGCUCGGCCUCUUUGCACCCGUCGGAGCCCCUCAGCCCCGCGGCCCAUUUGCAUCUGGGACAGGACCUCGCUGCUGGAGAGGGAUUCUCGCUUCGCCCUGCCACGCCAGCGGGCCCUGGCACCUCGGGGGGCAGAGCUGCGGCAUGUCGUGCGGCUGAGGCGCCAGGCAGCGGGGGCCCGCCCUGCCACCCCCUCCGGGUUUGAGGACGGCAUGCCCUCCUCCCAGUACCCCUGGGCCAUCGUGUGGGGCCCCACGGUGUCAGAUGAGGAUGGAGGGGACACCAACUCGGCCAACCCAGGCUUCCCACCGCUGGGAUACACCUUUGUCUCACCACAUGGGAUGGCAACAGCACAGCCCAACUCCCACUCGCUCCUCCACAACGCAGGGCUCAACCUGCGCGAGACCCCAGCCACCCUGCGGCCCUUCUUGUUUGGGCCCCGGGGGGAAGGUGUGGACCCCCAGCUGUACGUCACCAUCACCAUCUCCAUCAUCAUUGUCCUGGUUGCCACCGGGAUCAUAUUCAAAUUCUGCUGGGACCGUAACCAGAAACGCCGACGUCACUCGGGGCAGCAGAGCAGUGGGAGGCAGCAGGAGAGCCAGCAGCCCCUCACGGACCUCUCCCCCACCACCGUCAGCAUCCUGGGGCCCUACGGUGACUCCCUGGCCCCCACGCCCGAGGUGGAGGAGUCCAGGCAGGGCCAGGAGGGUGUGGAGAAGCUGGGGGGCCACGGGAAGAGCACGGCCUUUCAGCUCAACCGAAUCCCACUGGUGAACCUGUGACGCUGACGGGAGAAGCAGAGCUGGCUCCCCCCCACCCUCCUGUUACAGCCGGCGAGUGCAGACUCCCGCCACCUCUGCUACCCCAGGA